UCUCUCUCUCGCUGUGCUUGCUUCUUUCUUCCUCCAAAGCCAGCCAAUCCAAGAAACAAUAAAUAAACAAAAAGUGAUGAUGCUCACGUCUUACCUUCCCAAGCCCUUUCUUCAAUCCAACUCUUCUUCUUUUUGCAUACCCAAAUCUUGUUUUUCGUAGACUUGAAUUAAUCUUUGAAAAGGGUUAACGAAAUCGAAGACCAAUUCCUUUUGAUUUUGAUUUUCUUUUUGUUUUGGGGUUUCUUUUAAAAUGACAGACGUCCUCCAACGAUCCCCAUCUCACUUCCCUUCUCCUUCAAGUUCUUCCACAGCUAAUGAUGGUGUGCACACACAUCCCCUUAUUAACAGUCCCACCAUAAACCACUGUGUUCAAUUUCAUUUGGGUUCUGAACAAGAACAAGAAGGAGAUCAGCUGUCUGUAUUGACAUUUCUGGUUGCUGCUUUUAGGAAGUCUUUAAUUGGGUGUAGAAGUACGAGUAGUGGAAGCGGUAGAGGUGCUAUGGAAAUUGGAUGGCCUUCUAAUGUUAGGCAUGUUGCCCAUGUUACCUUUGAUCGCUUCAAUGGCUUCCUUGGCUUGCCUGUUGAGUUUGAGCUUGAGGUUCCCAGAAGAGCUCCUAGUGCCAGUGCAAAUGUUUUCGGCGUUUCUACGGAGUCGAUGCAGCUUUCCUUUGAUUCGAGAGGAAACAGCGUCCCCACGAUUCUUCUAUUAAUGCAGAAACACUUGUAUACACAAGGAGGCCUGGAGGCAGAAGGAAUUUUCAGGAUUACUGCUGGAAACAGCCAAGAAGAAUUCGUUCGGGACCAGUUAAAUCGAGGAGUCGUGCCCGAUGGUGUCGAUGUGCACUGCUUGGCAGGUCUUAUUAAGGCCUGGUUUCGAGAACUUCCGACGGGCGUGUUGGAUUCGCUCUCACCCGAACAGGUGAUGGAGGCACAGACCGAAGAAGAAUGUGCUGAUCUAGCAAGACUCCUUCCCCAUACGGAAGCUGCGCUGCUCGAUUGGGCUGUGAACCUAAUGGCCGAUGUUGUACAGUUCGAACAUCAGAACAAGAUGAAUGCUCGUAACGUCGCAAUGGUUUUUGCACCCAACAUGACUCAAAUGGCAGAUCCAUUAACUGCUUUGAUGUAUGCUGUUAAAGUGAUGAACUUCCUCAAGACUCUGAUUGAAAAGACACUGAAGGACCGAGAGGAUUCGGUCGUUGAAUCAGCUCCUGUUUUACGUAUGAAUCCGUCGGAUGAGGACGGGCACGAAAGUGCAUCACGGUUGUACCAAGACGAACAAAAUGAGGUCGGGAAUGAGGAAGCUGAAGCUGAACAAGUAUUUGUAGCUGAAGAACCUGCUCCUGAGAGCCCCAGUUUAGAUAGUUGUACAGCUAAAACGGGGUCACAAAAUCUUCUGACUUCCAUUGAAAACGUCUGCCCCUGCGAAAUCGUAUCGGAAAUGAACUCAUUGGUGAAUAAAGAACCGGAGACUGUUCUCGCAAACCAAGUCGGGAUAGCUCAAAGUUGUCGAAGGAGUAGCCUCGAUCGAUCGGGGAGUAUGAAUCUGAAGAAAGACAGCAGGAAGGCGAAUGAUCAGCCAGUGAAGGUUCACACAACAGGUGCUGGUGCACAAAGAGGCAAGAAAAGUGGUGUUGUCGGUCGGUUGAACUCGAGGACAGAGCUAGCUGAAGCUUGGCGUUGACGAACCGAACCGAACCGAACCGAAUCGAAUGGCACUAUAACCGUCGUGUAUGGUUCUCUUUCAUUUUAUGCAGGUGGGGAGUGGUGAUAACUGUUUAAAAUAUGACCUUUUGAUAUUGUUGGUGUAUGAGUUUAUCUAUACAUUCAAAUGUGCUUCUGCUUGCAAUUCCUUGUCCCUGUAUUGUCGACACCCUAACUAACAUAUUCUUUUCCUCUACUU